AUGCGAUUCAAUACUUCCAUUACGUCUUUCCACCUCCUCCUUUUCCUCUUCUUCUUUUUCCUCCUCCUCCCAGACACAGUCUUCGCCAUCCUGGACUGUGCCAACAAUACCAUCCCCUCGCCAACCGUCUUUGGCGCCCAGAUCCUCAGCAUCACGGCGUACCCCAUUGACGAUUGGCAGGACAUCCCCGGCAACGACAUCUGCUACGUUACCAUCAGCCUCACGCACCCUGGGGCGGGGGACCUCGUGAACAAUUUCUUCGCUCUUCCUAUCUCCACGCCGUGGAACCGCGUGUUCCAGGGCAUCGGUGGUGGCGGCUACGCGGCGGGGACGUUGACGGCUGGUGCAAGCCAGACGGCCAUAGGGUACAGCAUCGGUGCGACGGACGCAGGCUUGCCAACGUCUGAUCCAAAUUCCAGCCAGGACGCCUCAGGGUGGGCUCUUGUCUCGCCCGGCAACGCUGACCAAGUCCUCCUGCUCAACUUUGCGCGGCGCUCGGUGCACGACCUGGCCGGGCUGGGCAGGGCGCUCAGCACAAGCUUCUAUGGCGGCGGCAACGGUAGCAGCAGCAGCAGCAGCGAGAGGGGACCUGACCGCGCCUACUGGAACGGCUGUAGCACAGGCGGGCGGCAGGGUCUGGCCGCGGCGCAGUACUACCCUGCUGACUGGGACGGCGUGCUGGCCGACGCGCCGGCAAUCCAAUGGAACGAUUUCACCAUGGCACAGCAGUGGCCGUACACCGUGCAGAACAACGAAGGAUACGUGCCACAGCCGUGCGAGCUCGCGUUUGUGGCGGCGCAGGUGGUCGAGGCGUGCGAUGCGCUUGAUGGGCUGGUCGAUGGUAUUGUGUCUGCACCGUCAUUGUGCACAUUCACCGCGCAGGGGCUCGUGGGGCAACGCUAUACCUGCGCGUCCGUCAACGGCAGUUCGAGUGGAAUGUUCAGCCAGAGGGCUGCGGACGUGGUGGACAAGAUCUUGGACGGGCCAAGGACACCCGAGGGCGAGGUGCUUUGGUAUGGGCUCGUCAAGGGAGCCAAUUUCUCCAACACGGCGCCAAACAUCGAGGGCAAUGAAACAGCGCAGUCAUUUACUGUAGCCGAUUCCUGGAUUCGUGGCUUCAUAGCUAAAGACCUGGGUUUUGACACGGCCAAUGUCUCGUACGCUGAGUUCGCGGACAUCUUUCUUCAGGGACACCUCCAGUAUGACUCGAUCAUGGGCAGCGCCUCCCCUGACCUCGCCCCCUUCAAGCGCCAUGGCGGCAAGAUCAUCACCUGGCAGGGGCUGGCUGACGGCACGAUUAAUCCUCAGGGCACUAUGUUUUACUACCAGAAGAUACUCGCCAUCGAUCCGUCCGCUGCCAAUUUCUAUCGGCAGUUCUAUUCCCCCGGCGUGGGCCACUGCGGCUCGGGUACGGGCGUCAUCCCAACGGAUGCGAUCGGCCAGCUCCGUGCAUGGGUUGAGAACGGUACGGCCCCAGAUGUCCUGCACGCGGCGAGUACGUACCCUGUGAAUGCAUUUCUCGACUUGUGUCCGUGGCCGUCUGUCAAUAGGUACAAAGGCAGCGGUGAUCCGGCGGAGGCAGCUUCGUGGGAGUGUGCCAGUGGUACGGGUUGGGUAGAGUUUUCGGGUCUGCAUCCGGAAAAUUAUAGUGUGGUUGGAGGGCCAGGGUGGUAUGGCUCAUCUUUUUCUGCUGUUGAAAUAUGA